AUGGUUUACGCCUCCGACCUCCCCACAACGUCUCAUCUCUCCUUCCAGACAUUCCUGUCAUCGAGUACGCAUCCGUCCCUACCUCAGGCAGCAUCUACGGCCCGGCAUGCGUUGCGCCUCGCUCUCAAGAACCACAAACGACUACCCCGCAGUCCGCAGCGGGACGCGCAUCUCACCACAGUCAUCGGCGCGAUAAACGACUACCUACCGUAUAUCGUUGCAAUCUCGUACGGUCUGAGCGGGAGACCCCUCGGAAGCAUCAAUCCUAGCACAGGAAGCAGCACAGGCAGCGGCGAGGAGAUCGAGAUCACGCUCCGCAGCGAAAUCGAAUCAGAAUGGCGCGCUACAUUAAGCCUGACUCCGUUGUCGCUGAAAAGCCGGUCCAAGAACGGCAGAGUUCGCGGACAAGGGAUUGAUUUUGAAAUUGCCUUCGUCCUGACAACACUGGGCUAUGUCCUGAGCAGUGUAGCUCGCUCCGGUGUUCUACGGACCCUCUACGCCGCGACAACUCCCACAACCGAGCAGCGCACCGCUGCCGUCCAAAACGCCACAAAAUACCUCUUACAAGCCAGCUCAGUCCACGCGCUACUUACCUCGUCACCUUCGUUCGCAGGCGCAGGCCGGCUCCCAGGCUCCGCUGCCAUUGUUCCGGACCUCGAUCCCGCGACCCAGGCGGCGCUUUCGUCCUUGGCCUUAGCCGAAGCAACCCUCAUAGCCGUGUUGAAAGACGACUCGUACGUCGCGGCUUGCAUCCAGGCUCGGAACCCGAAUGAUAAGGACUGGAUGGUGCGGGCGCCAGAGAUCCCCAAGGUGCGGGCGUUGCUUUUCGCGCGGUUGUGCGUUCGCGCCGCGGAGUAUGCGGAGCAGGCGGCUGCGGGGCUAGGAUCCGUCGGUGCGCAGGGGAAGACUGGGAUUGAUGAGGACGUGGUGAAGUAUGCGCGGGCUCUGGGCCGGGUUGCGCGAGCAAGAGCCUGUCGGUUCUUUGGUGUUGAUGCGGAGCUCGCGGGUAAGAUCGGGGAGGGCAUUGCCUGGCUGCGUGCUGCGAAGGGCGCGUUGGGAUUACGGCCUUCGCCGCAAGGGGAGAGGGAGACGUUGUCAAAGAGUAAAGGAGGCUUUUCCAGGUUAAAGAAGGAAUGGGCUGAGCGGCGUGAAGAUCGGAAAAUGGAGAAGGAUGUGGGGAGCCGGGAUCGCGUCGCCAAAGGGGAGCUCCAUCCUGGUGAUGAUGCAGGUAGGGACGAAGAGGGGCGUGUGAUUGACAUGCUGGAAACAAAAUGGGUGAGGAUGAAUGAUACAAUCAACACACAGCUUAUCCCCCCUUCGACCGACCUUCUUACCAACCUACCCUCUGGUCGAGACAUCCACUCUCCACCGGGUCCUUAUAGGCUUCCUUGGCUAGAUGAAGAUGAACUUGCUCGAAUGCGUGCACCGCCAGCAGAGGAGGAUUUUGAACCAAGCAGUGACGUUGAAGAUAGCGACGAUGAGCCUACCGGCAUUGCGGAGGAUGCACCAGGAGCAGUUCCCGAGCGAAGCGAAAGCAGCUACUAUUGA